GGGAUCUUGUUGGCUGUUCAAACAACAGGGCAAAUCCCCUACCUCAAGGGAAUGUAGAAACUUCCAGGAGUGGUGAAGGAUCAAUUUGGUCUAACUUAGGCUAGAAGAAGGGGGAAAAGAAAAAAAGGAGAGGGGUGGGGGGUUAGGCUUCUUAUUGACUGAUCAAACAACAGGGCAAUUUGGGCAGGGAAAGCCUUGCAUCGGUGGGCAAUGGAAACUUUCAGGAGUGCUUCAAGGGUCCACGGCCGGCUCAAUGCAGCUUCGCUCCCCAUUGGGUUAUUUUCAAAUUUCAAACUUGGAAGUUCAAAGUUCAAAAUCAACGCACACACCCAAAUGGCCUCUCUCUAAAGCUAAACAGUCCGUCUGUCCACUCUAUUCUCUUUUGUCCUUUUUUUCUUCCCCACAUUAAACCCUCUCUCUCUCUCUCUCUCUCUCUCUCUCUACAUCUCAGAGAUGGAGAGCGCUUUUGUCUUUCUCCUCCUUCUGUGACAAAGCCCAAAACCCUUUACUUUUCAUACACGGAGAGAGAAGAGAGAGAAAGAGAAUGGAGACUGAAUCUAUGGCAGUCGAAGUGAAGGGUGUUCCGACUUAUGGCGGAAGAUACGUUCAAUACAAUGUUCUGGGGAACCUUUUUGAGGUCCCUGCUAAAUACGUUCCUCCAUUGCAACCGGUGGGUCGCGGAGCAUACGGCAUCGUUUGCUGUGCAAUGAAUUCAGAGACAAAUGAAGAGGUUGCAAUCAAGAAAAUUGGGAAUGCUUUUGACAAUAGAAUUGAUGCUAAAAGGACACUGCGUGAGAUCAAGCUCCUUAGCCAUAUGGAUCAUGAAAAUAUUAUCAAAAUCAAGGAUAUUAUAUGGCCGCCGGAUAAGGAAGCUUUCAGUGAUGUGUAUAUUGUUUAUGAAUUGAUGGAUACUGAUCUCCACCAGAUAAUACGUUCUAACCAGGCCCUUACAGAUGAUCACUGUCAAUAUUUUCUUUAUCAAUUAUUGCGGGGACUGAAAUACAUACACUCUGCAAAUGUUUUGCACCGAGAUCUGAAACCAAGCAACCUGCUUCUCAAUGCAAACUGUGACCUCAAGAUUUGUGAUUUUGGGCUUGCCAGAACCACCUCAGAAACAGAUUUCAUGACAGAAUAUGUUGUUACACGAUGGUAUCGGGCCCCUGAAUUGCUGCUCAACUGUUCAGAAUAUACUGCAGCCAUUGAUAUUUGGUCUGUCGGGUGCAUUUUCAUGGAGAUUAUUAAGAGGGAGCCACUUUUCCCUGGCAAAGAUUAUGUUCAGCAGUUGGGGCUUAUAACUGAGCUUUUAGGUUCACCAGAAGAUUCAGAUCUUGGAUUCCUAAGAAGUGAUAAUGCUAGGAAAUAUGUAAAGCAGCUUCCUCAUUUCCCAAAGCAAUCUUUUUCACAAAAGUUCCCAAAUGUGUCCCCAGUUGCCAUUGAUCUUGCAGAGAAAAUGCUAGUAUUUGAUCCAAGCAGACGCAUUAGUGUUGAGGAAGCAUUGAAGCACCCCUACUUGUCAAGUCUCCAUGAGAUCAACGAGGAACCGACUUGUCCAUCUCCUUUCAAUUUUGAUUUUGAGCAAUCAUCCUUGAGUGAAGAAGAUAUAAAGGAGCUCGUAUGGAGGGAGGCUAUGCACUUCAACCCAGAUAAGAUGCUGGAGUAAUUGAGCAAUUAUCCUUGAGCAAAGAAGAUUUAAUGGAGUUCGUAUGGAGGGAGGCUAUGCCCUUCAACCCGGGUAAGAUGCUGGAGUAAUUACAUCGACAAGGUUCCCUACUUGGUUUCAAUCUUUUAGUUUUUGUAGUCCUGAUUGAGAGUUUAAUUUGGCUUGGAAAGUAAUUUUAAUGUAUAAUAUGUUAUUGGGGUUUCUGUAUGAGCCAUAGUAAAUUGGGAGAUGGGUUCUCCCUUCUCUGUCCAGAGGCCAAAAUGGCAGUUUAUGUAUUGGUAUGAUGUGGGUUACUGGAUUCACUAGGAGUUUUCAGUACCUCAAUAGGGUUGGUAUGCAUAAGAGAAAGCGAGCUCCUAGCUUUGUUGUCUUUAGUUCCGUUAUGUAUAUUGUGUACUUGUUUGAUCUAUACAGCAGAAAAAAGAUGCAAGAAGGCAAAAAUAGUAUGAUUAUUUUGCUUUCUAUGAAAAUUAUGGAAUGCAUCCAUGCCCAUUUACAAA